AUGUGCUGCUUCUUGAUAAACGUACGUUACCGAUUCCUUAUCUUCGACCUCUUCUUCAAAAGAAGAAAGCCCCAGGAUUCCUUACAGUACAGAAAUUAUUCCCAGCUGGGUGGAAUCUAUCACAGACUCUCUGAAAUAAAUUCAGGCGUCGAUGAACACAUUAACCCAAAGCUCUUAAAACUCUACCCAGAAAUCCACAGGAAGAAAGAUUUUAUAAAUUUCUUGCUUUCUAUCGAUACAAUUCUGUUUCUGUCUGUAUAUCUAUCUAUCUAUCUAUCUAUCUAUCUAUCUAUCUAUCUAUCUAUACAAUUCUGUUUCAUUCUAUCUAUCUUUAUCUAUAGAAUUCUAUCUAUGUAUAUCUAUACAAUUCUCUUUCUAUCUAUCAAUCUAUACAACUCUGUUUCUAUCUAUACAAUUCUGUUUCUUUCUUUCUAUUUACCUCUCUAUCUAUACAAUUAUAUCUAUCCAUCUAUACAAUUCUAUUUCUUUCUUUUUAUCUCUCUUAUCUUAAUUAAUUCUCUUUCUAUCAUUCUAUCUCUCAAUCUUUACAAUUCUCUUUCUAUCUAUCUAUCUAUCUAUCUAUCUAUCUAUCUAUCUAUCUAUCUAUCUAGAUAUUAA